AUGAAGACGUGCCGCUGGCGCGCCGCCGCCGCUCCUCCUCUACAACCUUGGAUCGGACGGAGUCCCAUGGCGGUCGGGAAGUCAACGGACCUCGAACCCAAAGGGCCUCCACCUUGCAUCGUCGCCAUCGCCUUCGAUCUGGACCUCAUCACCUGCAUCUUCCAAACUUUCAACAACCGGAGCCGCCGCCUACGGACUCCGGCACGGGAAGAAGGCGCACGGCAACUCCGCCGAGUUACGAGCACCAGGAAGGAGGCGGGGAAGUGGUCGGAUUCCGCAGAACCCCGCCACCGGAGAAGAUCACCGCCGCCACAAACCACCAACCCGACAGCGCCUUCCUCUCCACGGCGCUGCCGGCGAACCACCCACUCCAUCCUAGCUAUGUACAGACGGGAACCGAGGUUUCCCCACCCUCCCGCCGCCGAAGCGGCCGGCAGAGGGGGGGAAACCAGCGAGCCGCCGCCGGCGAACUAG